AUGCUGAACCAAUUCUUUCGGAUUCCUUUGAGUCAGGAGGUGUCGGUCUCGGUCGAACCAAUACUGUUUGACACUGGGCCCAAUGUGCGUAAUUAUAAACCUGAGCGUCGUCUGUGUUACUACAACCAUGAGCGUUACUUGCGUUACUUUAAAGUGUACUCCAAGUAUAACUGCGACAUUGAGUGUCUCUCGAACUAUACCCUCAACAUGUGCGGUUGUGUUCCGUUCCCAUUGCCCCGUACGAAGGAUGUUCGGAUUUGCGGUCUGGGAAAGGCGAGCUGUACCGAUAAAGCACUUUCAGUAUUGGAAGAGAUGGACCUGCUGCAUGAGCUUAAUAUGACGGAUAACUUCCUGGAGCAUUGCCAUUGUCUGCCGGCAUGCAAUGCACUGUUUUACAAUACGGAGAUAUCACAGGCCAUGUUCGACUGGAGAAAACUAGCUGAGAGUAUUCAUAUUAUCGCUAAUGUUACCAAUGCAACUGAGCUGUCCUAUCUGUCGAUUCACUUUAAGGUGUCCCGUUUUAUACCCAUUAAACGAAGUGAGCUGUUCGGAAUAAGCGAUUUCCUAGCCAACUGUGGUGGCGUUCUCGGACUCUUUAUGGGCGUUAGCAUACUUAGCAUCGUUGAGAUCGUGUACUAUUGCACGUUGAAACCGAUCAUGGCACGCACUAGAGCAAAUGCCCGUGCCGACACUGCCCAAGUGAUCACACCGACGUUAAUUUUCCCGCCGAAAGAAUACGGACCAGUCGUUGGAACUCGUCUGCGGAAAGCUUCCAACAAGUGGUAA